UGGCCGGACGCGAGGGCACACGACAUGGGUUUAGUGACGGGACUCUGCGCUUUCUUGUACCAUCUACCCCAGAUUUACAAGUGGCUGCUGAAGCCUUAUUACAUCUGCUCUUUCUUAAUGACGAUUGCCUUCCUGGUGGUUCGGAAGACCCCCGGUUUGUGCGAACACCUGGCGUCGCAGCGGGAGGACGGGAACUCCUGCGACUUUGACUGGAGAGAACUUGAGAUCCUCAUGUUCCUCAGCGCAAUCGUCAUGAUGAAGAACAGAAGAGCGAUCACCAUGGAGCAGCACAUCGGUAACCUCUUCCUCUUCAGCAAAGUCGCCAAUGUCAUCCUCUUCUUCAGGCUGGACAUUCGACUCGGCAUCCUCUACCUCACUCUGUGUGUAGCGUUUGUCAUGACCUGCAAGCCCCCUGUCUACAUGGGCCCGGAGUACAUCAAAUACUUCAGCGACAAGACCAUCGAUGAGGAGCUGCAAAGUGACUCGCGGGUCACAUGGAUCGUUGAAUUCUACGCCAACUGGUCGUCGGACUGCCAGUCAUUCGCUCCAGUCUUUGCUGACCUGUCACUCAAAUAUAACUGCGCUGGACUUCGAUUUGGAAAGGUGGACGUGGGACGUUACGGGGACGUUUCAGAGAGGUACAAAGUGAGCACCUCCCCUCUCUCCAAGCAACUCCCCACACUCGCGCUGUUCCAGGGAGGGCACGAAAUCAUGCGACGCCCUUUAGUGGACAGUAAAGGGAGAGCAGUGUCGUGGACUUUCAAUGAGGAGAACAUCAUCCGGGAGUUUAAUCUCAACGAGCUUUUCCAAAAAUCCAAGAAGCUGGUCAAGGCUCGAGGGCUGAAGGGAGAGGAGCUCAUCACUGAGCAGGAAGAAGGUCUACCUGAGGGCGACCCGACUGAGGGCAAGAAAGACCAGUGACGUGGGCCAGCAGGAGCUUCUUAACUUAUUUUUAUAAUGAUCUGAAGCAUUAUCAGCUAUGCAUUGAUGUGGACUCCCACUUGUCAUGGAAUGUUCAUGCGUUCCUCAGGUAUCUUCUAGCUAAAUUAAGUAGUGAUGGGUUGAUAAGGCUUCAGCGAACUGUCUUCUGAUUUUCAGAGCUCAGUAGAUGGCGCUAUUGGUUUAAGAAUGAUGUGAGGUUCCAGCGAACUGGUUGCAAACAUUAUAUAGCAGAUGGUGCCAUCUCAAAAUUAAAACCCUGUUUCAUGAGACCUCAUUAUCCCAUCACGAGUUUUAAGGUUCUGUUUACUGGCGAGUUCGAGAUACCCCACCUCGAACUGACCUUGGAGGCGUUUACAAGUGAGAGAUGUUACACUUUAACUUUGCCUGAAACAUCCAGCCUGAGUAGGGGACGUGAAUUUGCUAAUCAUUGCUACAGCAGAGAAUACAUGUGUUUAAAUAUUAAAUAAAUGCAGUGUUCUGUUUCUGGAAAGUGUGUUACAAGGCUGCAUAAUCACAAUGUUUGCCACAGUGUCACUCAGUUCGACCUUUUAU